AUGGCCAGUCACUUUGGGGUGUCUGAGACCACCAGUGAAUACCCCUACCAGGGGAUGGAGUCCUUGAUAUAUAUCCUCGAGUCGAAAAUGGAGCCGCGCAAGGAUGACAUGGCAGGAACAAGCACAUCUUUCGUGAUCUUCUCAGGGGUGGAUGAGCAGACCUUUAAGCAAUACUUCUCCAAGGCUCUCACUCGCCUUCCUCAUCAUUCGUUACAGUGCUAUCUCCAUACCGAUAAACUUCUGCUGCUCCAAAUGAUCACUGCCGCUCAUGAAACCGCACACACCUGGCUCCACAGCCAGACUUUCACCAUGUUCGAGGAAAUGGGCGUCACUCAACAGAUUAGGCUUCUCAGUCGCGCCUCUGUUCAGUCAGGAAACCGCACAAAGGAGCCAGACCAGAGCUACGUGCCAAAAGUCCUCCCUGCUGGCCGGGCUGACCACUGGCCCUCUGUCGUCAUUGAGACAGGGUACUCGGAGUCGAAAACACACCUGGUCAACAGUGCCCAGUGGUGGGUAGAGGCAUCGGACGGAGAUGUUAAGUCUGCAAUCACUAUUUCUAUAGAGAAGAGGUCUAGGACAAUCACCUUAACUCACUGGCAGCCCAUUAGCCGGCCAACCCGAGCAAAACCAGACCGGGUAGUCGCAGAGCCCUGGGAGACAGUCAUUUCGCAGAAAGACAACCUGUCUCCAAUCAACAUCAGUAAUGGGACUCUUUCCGUUCCAUUUGCCAGCUUUUUGUUGCGAGCUGCCACACCAGAUUCAGCUGAGAGAGACUUUGGAUGGACCAGCGCACAACUGGAGCAUCUGGCCAGCGAGGUAUGGGAGAGAUAUCCAAAGAUCUAG